AUGGCUAGAUACAGUAUCUCGUUCAGUGCGGUAUGCGACGCUCUGGACUUGUCAACAUUGGACCCAAGAGCGAAGCGACUCCAGACAACCACGAGCCAGCUAUUGGAGGUUGAAAGAGCGCUCAAACAGGUAGUCACAGGGAAUCCCGACAUCUUCAUUGACUUGACAAAGCGGGGCCACACGUCUGUUCUCAAAAGAUGGAUAUAUAGGCAACACACGGUCAAGCGACAAAAGCGUGGCUAUACGAGGUCCAAAGGGGUCGCCGGGAAAGAGGAAAGGGACUCUUUGUAUAUCCCUUCAGUAGGAGCACGCACCAGCACAUUCAGGUCGUCGAUGCUGAUCGGUCUUCGAACCGUGUCAGUCGCUUCUUGCCGCCCAUCCACUAUCGGAAGGGACUCUAGCCCCACAGAAAUACAUUCCUCCGGGUCACUGUCGACUCUUCGAAGCUCGAGUUCGGUGGGCUCUAGUGGUCGUUCACGAGCGUAUUCCAUCACCACCGUCAGCUCUGGGCAGAGGCGCACAUCACUACGUUCGGCUUCGUGGAAGAAGAAGAAAACCGGUUCCGUUGAAACCGCCGAAGACACCAUCCGUUCUGUUCUAAGCUCAAUGUCGCCGGCUUUGUCGUGGCUUUAUCCUUCCAUGCGUAGCUUCGGCUUUGACGAAGUUGAAACUCUCAACGUAAUUUCUCAGCAAAGUCGAGAAAGGAUUCAAAGGAUCGUCAACGAUUUCCGAAAAUUCCACAACUUGAACGAAGUCAAUGGGAGGAAGGUUUCAGGGGUGCAAGCCUCACUGUUGGUGGAAGCAUUGCUAUCUUGGACGAAAAGUUGA